GCGAAACAUGGCAGCUGUCUAGUACUGCAGGAACUGAAUCGCUAUUUGACAGAAAUAAUACAAGAUCAUAGGAUAGAUCGCGCUUUUACUGCUUAGCGUUUUAACCUAUACGAUGCAGAAAAUCAAGUCUCUGAUGGCCCGUCAGGGUCUGAAAAGUCCUCAGGAGAGUAUGGUUGACAUGAGCCCUGUGGAGAACUUCAGGACCCCAAGCAAGGAGGAACUGAGGGAACUGAGAGAGCAGCCCACCGAUCCACUGGCAGAACAGGAAAUCAUUGAAAGCAUAGAGGAAAUAUACUUCUCCAGUGACUCCUUUGAUAUGGUGCAAUAUGAGCUGGAGAAACUCCCCCCGGAUCUGAACCUUCAAGAACUGGAGGAGUACAGAGAUAAGCUGAAAAGACAGCAAGCUGCUGUUUCUAAAAGAGUGGCAGACCUCAUCUUGGAGAAACAGCCGUCCUAUGUUAAGGAACUUGAGAGAGUGACGUCUCUGCAGACCAACCUGCAACUGGCUGCAGUCAUCUGCACAAAUGCACGAAGGCAGCUUCAUUCUGCUAAAGAGGGCUUCACUGAAGCCAGUCUUGGGCUGUUGGCCAAUCAGAGACGCCGACAGCUGUUAACAGGAUUGCUGAAGUCUUUGAGGACCAUAAAGACUCUGCAAAGAACUGAUGUCAGACUAAGUGAGAUGCUGGAGGAGGAAGACUACCCAGGUGCGAUCCAGUUGUGUUUAGAAUGCCAGAAGGCCGCCAGCACUUUCAAGCACUACAACUGUAUAAGUGAGCUGAAUUCUAAACUGCAAGACACUCUGGAGCAAAUAGAGGAACAGUUAGAUGUGGCACUUUCCAAGACCUGCAAGCACUUUGAUGUCUCUCACUACACCAAAGUUCAACUGGCAUAUAAACUUUUGGGCAAGACACAGACCGCCAUGGACCAGCUGCACAUGCACUUCACCCAGGCUAUCCACAACACUGUUUUCCAGGUGGUGCUGGGAUACGUCGAGUUGUGUGCUGGCAACGCCGACACAAAGUUCCAGAAGAUGCAGUACAAGGAUCUUUGCACGCACAUUACCCCAGACAGCUACAUCCCCUGCUUGACAGACCUCUGUAAGGCCUUGUGGGAGGUGAUGCUCAGUUACUACCUAACCAUGCAGUGGCACGAUGAGCACUACAAAGAAGAGGUGACUGCUCCUACAGCAGAUGGCUCCAGUGAAGAGGGCUCGGACGAAUCCACCGUGGGCCGCAGCUACGUGAAAAAGAAAUUAGAACAUGGCUUAACACGGAUCUGGCAGGACGUCCAAUUGAAAGUGAAAGCCUAUUUACUGGGAACGGACAUGUCCAACUUCAAGUAUGAUGACUUCAUUGUGGUGCUGGAUGUUAUCAGCAGGUUGAUGCAAGUGGGAGAGGAGUUCUGCAGCAGCAAGUCAGAGGUGUUGCAGGAAUCUAUUAAGAGACAGAGUGUAAACUACUUUAAGAACCAUCACAGAACUCGACUGGAGGAGCUGCGAAUGUUUCUUGAAAAUGAGACUUGGGAGUUGUGCCCUGUGAAGUCCAACUUUAGUAUUGCCCAGCUCCACGAGUUUAAGUUCAUGGGUCAGUGUCGUUCUCCAUCAGUAUCUCCAAGCAGAGAGCCAGAAUCUACUGAGCUUGUGGAGCUUUCUCUCUUUGAACAGUACCUACAGAAUGGAAACCCCUUUGAGAUGCAGAUAGACAAUAAAGAAGAGGAGACCGAGGAUGUCCUGGCUUCUAAUGGGUAUGAGUCAGAUGAGCUGGAGAAAAGUGUGUAUCAGGAUUAUGACAGUGACAGUGAUGUACCCGAGGAGCUCAAACAGGACUAUGUAGAUGAACAGACCGGUGACGUGCCAGUGAAGAGUGUGUCCAGAGAGACCCUUCGCAGCCGGAAAAGGUCCGACUACAAUCUGAACCGAGCCAAUGCCCCCAUCCUUACCAACACCACUCUCAACGUGAUUCGACUGGUCGGGAAAUACAUGCAGAUGAUGAAUAUUUUGAAGCCCAUCGCCUUUGAUGUCAUCCACUGUGUGUCUCAGCUCUUUGACUAUUACCUGUAUGCCGUCUACACCUUCUUUGGCCGCAAUGACAUGCACAUGCCAUCUCAGCCUUCUCAAGGCUCGCAGCCUGGUGUGUCCAGACAGACAGUCCCUGUCUAUUGGUAUGAAUCAUCUGGCCUGGGUUUGAUCAGCAGCAGACUGAGGACGACGCUCAGCCGUAUCCAGGAGGGCCUUAUAGAUGUGGAGGCUGGAGGGGAGAGCUCCAGCUCUCAUGCAACCCCAGAGGAGAGGAAGGAGAAGGUCCCCAGCCCUCACCUCACUCAGCUGGUCAUCCUGACAGCCAGUGACACACUGUACGGCCUGGCUGAGAGAGUCGUCGCCACUGAAUCACUAGUUUUUCUGGCAGAGCAGUUUGAGUUCCUUCAGACCCAUCUUGACACCAUGAUGCCUUCAGCCAAGAAGCCCUUCCUUCAACAGUUCUACUCACAGACUGUAUCUACGGCCAGUGAACUCCGCAAACCCAUUUACUGGAUAGUGGCAGCCAAAGCCAUAGAUUACGAGCAAAUGCUGUUGCUGAUGGCUGGAGUGAAAUGGGACAUUAAAGAGAUAAUGUCACAGCAUAAUGUCUACGUGGAUAUCCUUUUAAAGGAGUUUGAGAUGUUUAACCAGAGAUUGGGAGAUGUGUCAAAAAUAGUUCGGAUUCCGUUGCCUGUGUCCAAUGUCUUAUGGGAGCACUGCAUCCGUCUGGCCAACAGGACAUUAGUCGAGGGCUAUGCUAAUGUGAAGAAAUGCAGUAAUGAAGGACGUGCACUGAUGCAGCUGGACUUCCAGCAGUUCCUGAUGAAGCUAGAGAAGCUCACAGACCUCAGACCAAUUCCAGAUAAGGAGUUUGUGGAGACCUAUAUCAAGGCAUACUACCUAACUGAGAAUGACAUGGAGCAGUUUAUCAAGAACCACAGGGAAUACUCCAUGAAGCAGCUGACUAACCUGGUCAACGUCUGCCUCGGGUCCCACAUAAACAAGAAGGCAAGACAGAAACUCCUCGCAGCUAUCGAUGACAUUGACCGGCCAAAAAGAUAAAUACUACUCCUGUCUUAACAGAAUGGUCUUGGAAACCACACUCACCUACAGUAUACUGUUUCUGGUCCUCAGUCUGUAUCCAGUGCAUAAUGUUGUAGCUUUUGCGUUGUAUAUCAACCAUUUUAAACGUUUGCAGCAUCUGUUUACAUUUCAUUACGAAUGUAAUCAGGGCAUGCUCUGGAUAUGAUGCAGGCAUAUGAAAGGCUGUAAAUGUAAAUGGUAGUGAAAGUGUUAUUAAUAUCACUUCAGUGACAUCGAGAAUGAAACACUUCCAACAAUUAUUCAAACUAAGCUGUGGCUAAGCAACAGUUUUGUCCGUAUUCCCUUUAUGUGCAAUUUGUAAUAAUUCGGUUGCAUGGGUCCUCUUGAAAUGAUAUCAAGACAUGCACUUUACUGUUUGACACAUUAAGGCUUUGUUUAACUUUACUUUAUUGACAAUGCAUGUAAAUUUCAGAACUUGUUUUGACUGGUAGUUGUUGCUCAUUUUACACGCUGUACAUCUGUUUUUUUCCCAUCCUGUUACACCAACACCUCGUACUAUGUGUUACGUUGCAACUUAUUGUCAUUUCUUUAAUAUAGAUUAUUUUUUGUAAUUUAUUACACUUAUAGAAAUGUGGUUGAUCCCAGAGAGACAUUGUAGAAUUGUUGUCUUUUCCAUGAAAACAUUUGUGCAGGAAUGUUAUUACUAUGCUAUAAAUAAUAAUAUGAAGAGGACUCCACAUGUUCCUGUUAGAAAUGAUAAACUCUUGUGCAUGUGGGACUAUUUAUUUCAGAUGCUGUAUGUCUGAAAUGCAGAGAAAUGUAUAUUGCACACAAGUACUGUAUGUUGCUUUCUAUGUGCUGUGCUGUUGUCCAGAAUAAAACAUUACUAAAUGGUGUAAUAAUUGAAGUCAAGAUCGCAAAAUAAACAC